AUGUCGCCGUUUGGAAACCCCCUCAUCCGAUUGAAGAUUUUCGCUCCCUUCGAUCCCUCCAGCUCCACAUCUCCCAGCCAUAUCCACCAGCCGCUAGCUAGAAGAGCUCCAACCGGUCGAGAUUCCGGUCCGUCCAUCACACACACCUACGAAAAAAACCUCUACUCGGCCUCCUGCUGGAUCAUUUUACCGGAACGCGAAAUGGGGCGCCUUCUAUCCACAAGCAUUCUGGUCGUUUUGCUCGGCUUCCAAUCUCUAGUGCAGACGAUGCGCCAACACAAUGAGGAGCUAUUCGAAUGGAGUGAUCAGAUGCGCGCAAUUGACGCGGCGAAUGCAGUUGAGGAGGCCGCAAUGGAGGCGGCCCGACUUGAAGAGGAGGCCCGAUAUCAUGCGCAGUUUCCACCUCCUCCACCACUUCCUGAUUGUCCAUUCUGUGAACGACCAUACACAGAGCAAAAUGCACAUUCACCUCCCCUGCGCGCUGGAUCCAAUGUGGUGGUUGCGAGCCUGGGGACCUAUUACGACGACCAGUGCAUGACGAUUGCGACAAGCAACAACACAUCAUCGAAUGUCCUAUUACUUGCCGCCGUAGACGUUAACAGGAAGUAG